GGAGACCGCGCAGCGGUCGGCGGCCCGCGGGCCGCGACGCCGCGGGCCCCGCACGGGCCGGGCCGCCCAUAUGGCGGCCGCUCCGCGGCAGCCGGGGCAGCGGCCGCAGGGGGCGGCCGCCUCCAGGGGUCCCGCGCGCGCGGUGGCGGCGUGGCGGCUGCGGCGGACAGGUGAGCGAUCCACACGCGUGGUCAGGCGCCUCUCGCAUGGAGUCGUGCGGACCAUCGCGCUGGGGGCGCUGUGUGCCGCAGCGGCUCUCAUGGCAGCCGGGCGGCGCCCGGGCGGGCUGGGCGCCGCCGCGCCCGCGCUGGCGGCCGCUGGCUCCGAGCCCGCGCGGCUGUUCGCUGAGGACGCCGCGGCGCCGCCGCCGGGGCUCGCGGCGGCAGGGCUCGGCCCGCGCUCCGAGUGGCGCCUGUGCGCCGCGGUCGAGGGCAGGCCUUGCCACUGCGUCGGCACCGCGGCCUUCCACUCCUGGACUGGGGACUGGGCCAUGGUUCGGCACGUCAACGGGUCGAUCCCGUGCACCGCCGACGCUUUCGGGGACGACCCGAGGCCUCACUUCGCGAAGCUGUGCAGCUGCCGCCAAGGGCCGGGCUGGCCAGAAAAGGUCGCCCAGGGGUUCAACAAGACGGUGGCGCGCACCCUCGUGCCGCGCGUGGAGAUCGGGGCCGCGGGCGCUGGCUGCAGCCCCGAGCACGACGGCGAGUGGACCCCGUGCGCGGUCGUGAGCACCCGCUACGACGCCAGUUUGGUGCCGGACAGGCUGCUGCCCAGACUGCCCCCGGAGGAGCAGUGUGACGCAGCACUGAGGAAGCUGGACGUCUGCCACCGCAUCGCGGGGCCCGACCGCGCCCUGCGGGUUUUGGGGGUGUUGCCCGGCGUCGCCGAGCGAGAGCAGGCUUUGUCGAUGUUGAAGGCGAACAGCGUGCCCAUUUGCGCCGUGGUGUUCUCGCCGGCCGUCGGCCCCACGUGGGACGGCCGCGCUGCGGUCUUCUGCCCGACGAAUCCGCCAAGCUGCUUGCAGGAGUCUUGCGAGUGCGCUGACGAGGCACACGGCCUCGUCGACGUGAAUGACGGCAAGGAGGGCGCCCCCGCCUGCUGGGCCUGCGUGCCGCGGGAGGUGGCGGAGGCCGAGGCGGCGCGGCCGGCGGCGGCCGCCCGCCCGGCGCCCUCCGCGCCGGCGGCGGCGGGUUCGGGACCGCAGAUGACACCCCUUUGACAGCUGGCUGAGCACCUCCGAGGGCGUCAGGCACACUUUAGCAGGUGCUACGUUUCGUGGGCGCUGGCGUGGCCUGCACAGGUGUGGAGGUGAACUGUUUCAUGGUUUUGCAGGACAGCCGGAUGAAGUAGUGCCGCGGACCGCGGGGUCAUUCAUGCAGUUACGGCGUCUUGAGAAAAGGCACCCGAGCGCUCACCAACACUCGCCAGGUAGUGGCAGC